UGCGCCGGUCGUAUUCUUGGUCAGUGAUUGUUCAUAUGUAAAUCAUUCAAUUCAAGAUGGCUGACAAAACGUUUCUUGACGAAGUUGACCAAAUUGAUUUGGAGCUUGACGUGCCUUUUAAUGAAUUUGAGGACGAAUUCCAACAAAAUACUACAAAUAAUAUCGAGAACUUACCCAAGCAAAGUAAUGAGACUGUAAAGGCUACAGAUUCUGCAGAAAAUUUAACUAAAAGUUGUGUGGUUGGUAAAGAGACUUUUGGCCUGUCAAAUGACGGUCACUUAAUAAAGUUAGGCAAACCUGAAUCUACAGGACACACAGAAUUGUCUAAAGAUGUAGAGGAAGGAGAAGUAUUAAUCCAGGAGGAAGAAAUGGAGUUGUUAAAGGACACUAUAACAGACGAUACAGAAGAUAGUAAUGUUGAAGAUGGUCAAAAUAUUUCACGUUUCGAUGAAAAUAGGGAGAAUUUAAAACGAAAAUUGGACAAUAAUGACGCAGCAUUGGACGAAGAAGCUGAUAUGGAUAUUGAUGAUAAUUUGAUAUUAGAAUCUGAUGAGGAAUCAAUGUUACAAGAGAAGAAAUGUAAAAAAGAAGAUAAUGUUGGUAAUGAAGAUGGCAAAGAUCAACCAAUGAAAAACCCUAGAGGUGGUAAGAAGAAAAAGAAAAAGAAAAAGAAAGUAGUGCCAGUGCAUUAUGGGAGAAUCCCUCGACCAAUUAUUGGAAGACUGUUUAGUCCUCUGAUGGCAACAGAACAUGAUGAACCUGAGGUACUUGCUGGUCAGAUGGCAGACAGAUUAGAAGAGGAAAAAGAGGAUCUCAUCUUAAGGGUAUUACAAACCAUAGGUAACAAAAAGGCAAUCGAAAUAUUUCAAGAAACAAAGAAAAUACAAGUAGAAGGAGGGAUGAGUACAGUUUAUGGAAACAGAAGACGAACUAGUGGAGGUAUCUUCAUUUACCUGUUAAAGAGCAAAGGUUAUGCAACUAAGGAGCAACUGAAAGAAAUAUUUGCUGUUGAAAGAGAAAAAGCCAAGCAAUUAAUCAAAGAACAGAAGAAAAGAGAUAAAGAGCUGAGGGAACAAGGAAUCAACGAUUUAAGACAAAAGCUGGCAGAGAAAAAAGAAAUGCUUUUGAAAGCUGAAGACAAUAAAUCAGAAAAUAAAAGUGUGUUGGAAGCGAGCAAAAGCGAAGACUUAUAGUCCUAGAACGAUUAAAGAGAGAGGACUCAAUCACUAUCACUUUUUUUUUUCUGCUACGAAAAACGAAAACCAAAGACUCGUUAAAAACAUCAAAGAUCAGAGACAGCGAUGCGAGGCUGAUGCUUCUCUAAUUGCAUUACCAUAGCAACAAAAUCAAUAAAUCUGGGCGGCUUCUAA